AUGUUGAGAUACCUGCUACUUUCGCUAUUUUGUGGUUAUUCAUUUGCACAAACAGGAACAAAUAUGAAAGAUCUGUAUACGUACUUAUUCUCAACGUUAAAUUACAACAAAGACAUCCGGCCUGCCAUUGUCCAUACAGUUCCCACACAAGUAAGUGUAGAUCUGACAUUAAAUGGGCUUCACUUCAUCGAUGAAGCAAAGCAACAGAUGGUGUCGGUAGGAACUUUGACAAUAAAGUGGAAAGAUGACUUUUUAACUUGGAAUUCGUCUUUAUACGGAGGAGCAAAUUUUAUAGAUGUUCCACAGGGAAAGGUUUGGAAACCGAAUAUACAGCUUCGAAACGGAUUUAACGAUUUUGUUGAGUUAGGUGGAAGUUUCAUGUUUCUUAGAAUUUUUCACACAGGUGAUGUUGUUUGGUCACCAAAUAAAGUUUUUGAUACCAAAUGUAAAAUAGACGUGGCCUUUUUUCCCUUUGAUCAACAGACAUGCUCUGUUGAAUUGAUGUCUUGGAACAGCGAUUUGUCCACAGUAAAUAUCACGAACGGUGUCAAUGGAUUAAGAAUUGAUGAUGAAUUGAACCAUGGACACUGGUCGGUUUCCUCUCAUUAUUUUCGUACAUUCCGUGAUGACACAGACUCCGUAAUAUCUUUUAGCAUUACAUUGGACAGAAAACCAAAAAUCUACGUUCUUAAUAUUAUCAUUCCCUUUGCUUUACUAGCAAUUCUGAACCUUGCUACAUUUAUUUUACCAAAUAGUUGUGGGGAAAAGUUGUCUUAUUCAAUUACAGUUUUGCUUGCCUUAUCAAUAUUUUUAACAAUUGUUGCAAGCAUGCUUCCUGCUAAUUCCGAUUCUACAUCGUAUUUAGAAGUGUAUAUCGUUACUGUUGUUGCAAAAGGAGUAUUUAUUCUCAUCGUGACGGCGAUAUCGCUAAGAAUUCACGAAAGAGCAGACGAUAGAGAAAUACCUGGAUGGAUACAGAAUUUGACACGGCGAUCAUGGAAGUUACAUUGUCAAUGUAAGAAAAAUAUAAAUUCUAACGCAAAAAAUUACAAUGGCAAAACUAAAGUUGAGAAUAUUGAUAAGAAAUUGGAAGACAAAGGAUCGUCAUCAAAAGAAGUAAAACCUGUCCGCUGGAAAGACGUGACGUCCGCGCUUGACUUUUAUUUGCUAUGGAUUUGUUUAUUUGUAAUGAUAAUAUUGACAUUUAUCUUUCUAGGUUUAUUUUCAUCAAAGUAA